CUCAUCCAACCCGCAUCGCAACCAUGCUGCUGCUCGGGCUGACGGGCGGAAUCGCAUCGGGCAAGUCGACCGUCUCGGGCUUCCUCACUGCGCAAGGCGGCGUGGCCAUCAUCGACGCCGACAAGAUCGCCCGCGAUGUCGUCGUCAAGGGCCGGCCGGCGUACCGGGAGAUUGUCCGCAUCUUUGGAAGUUCCAUCCUCACCCCCGAGGGCGAGAUUGACCGCGAGAAGCUUGGGGCCAUCAUCUUUGGAAACGACAGCGCCCGCAAGCUCCUGAACGGCGCCACCCAUCCACACAUCCGUCUCGAGAUGCUUCGCCAGACGCUGUGGUCGUUCCUGUGUCUCAAGUCGGUCGCGAUCCUGGAUACCCCGCUGCUGUUUGAGAGCCACCUGGACCGAUAUGUCCACUGCGUCAUCGUGGCCUACUGCCCAGUGCAGACUCAGAAGACACGGCUCAUGGCCCGCAACAGCUUGGACUCGGAGGCCGCCGAGCGACGGAUUGCCUCGCAAAUGUCGAUCGAGAUCAAGCGCGAAAGGGCCGGCAUCGUCAUCGACAACUCGGGCUCGCUCGACGACACCCGCCACCAGGUCGAGGCUCUGUUGAUCAAGCACCGCCCGUCGACCUUUUUCAAUAUCUUCUGGUGGAUCGUGCUGCUGAAGCCGGCCCUGGUCUCCUACAUUGGCGUCGUCUCGUGGCAGACCAUCCGCUCGCUCUUCAGAUAGCCGGGCACUCUUUUUCUUCCCAACCUCUAAUGAGCAAAAUGGACUCGCGAGAGACUCUGACAAGCAUCGCACCGCCGUCAGCUGAAAUAUAAUGUAUCUUUGAAGCAGAA